CAUGUGUUCGAAGCGUUGACAGCGAGCUUGAUCGAAAAAAAGACCGAGUAAACGUUUUCAGUGGAAAACACUCAUAACAACUUUAAAUGUAGCUGAAAAAAUAGAAAUGUUAGAGGGCCGGGUUAUAGUUGGUUACUUUUGCCGGCACAUGUCUAGAUAAAGCGGAAGAAUCUUUCAACGUUUUGAACUCAGUAGGCAACUUUAAUGCUCGUCUAAUUGCAGCGCGAAGUCGUGUAUUUCUGUUUUCAUGCAUAUAUUAGUGUUUAAUUGAUACUUUUGAAGAAUAAACUGUUAUUUUUUUCUGAACGUAAAAGAGAAGAAACGCUGAACUUAUGACAUUGCACAGAGGCUCGGACAGGUGCUGCAGAUGGGCGGCAUAGGUGGUAAUUUUUACCUCAGCAUGUUGAAUGGGACUGACGCUCAAAGUUUUGGGAAAGACGCCGAUAUUAGUAACCACCUUCAUCGCACAAAGGAUUUAGCCGACCUCAAAAUGGGCAUUCAAGACACCAGGUUCUACUACCAGGACUCCAACGGACAGGACAAUUUGUCUCUGCCAUACCACACGAACCAGACUGUCACUGGAUUCGGAGCGCAACCCGGGAGGUUCUACUCACCAACACCGUUUAGUAGCUGUCCCUUCAAUAGCGUGAGAUCCCCAGCCAGAAGCGGUUCGGGACAGAGUUACAUGCCGACAGGAAGCGAGGGUUUUGCGAGCCCUGGAAAAGAGGUUUACUCUGCAAGUGGGGAGAGUUACUCCACACCGUUUCAGCAUGGGUUCCCCCGAACACCCCUCUACCCCUUACCUGGGCUACAGGUGUGCGGCAAGACACAGGCAUUGCUGAACAACUACCCGCUAUGGGCGAAGUUUCAUAAAUAUCAAACCGAGAUGAUCAUCACCAAACAGGGGCGGAGGAUGUUUCCUUUCCUGAGCUUCAACAUCAGUGCUCUGGACCCAUCAGCACACUAUAGUGUGUAUGUCGACGUGGUUCUGGCCGACCAACACCACUGGCGAUACCAGGGAGGCAAGUGGGUCCAGUGUGGCAAGGCGGAGGGGAACAUGCCAGGUAACAGGAUGUAUAUGCACCCUGACUCACCCAACACAGGGGCCCACUGGAUGAGACAGGAGGUCUCAUUUGGCAAACUGAAGCUCACUAACAACAAGGGCAGCACCAACAAUGUGGGCCAGAUGAUUGUGUUGCAGUCGCUGCAUAAGUAUCAGCCACGGCUGCACAUUGUGGAGGUUAAGGAGGAUGGCUCAGAAGACCCCUUCCUGUCCUCCAAGGCCCAGACCUUCAUCUUCCCUGAGACACAGUUCAUUGCUGUCACAGCCUAUCAGAAUGCAGAUAUCACUCAGCUGAAAAUAGACCACAACCCCUUUGCUAAGGGUUUCCGGGACAAUUAUGAUACGUUUUUCUGUAGGCUGUACGCCCCGUCCGAGGCAGACCGGCUCACGCCCUCCCCCACAGAGAACCAGCAGCUCGUCCCAGGCACCUGCUACCCCCAGCCGUACCUGGCUGAUCAGUAUGUGAGCCCUCUCCCCCAGAGCCGCUUCUACAGCCGGGAGCGGAUGGGCAUGAGCCAGCAAGCCAAGGACCCCGGCGGCAGCCCCCACGGCCGCUGGUACUUGUCCGGCCAGCAGGGGCCGCCGUCCAGCCGGCUGGACUUCAACUCUUACGACAGCGACUUCUCCAGCAACGGCUUCUACAAGCCCUUCCCCCUCCAGACGUCCACCCACCACCCGCUAGGGUACUACCAGGACCACCACUUCCCCCCCGGGAACGUCUCAGCCGCCGCCGCUGCCUCCCCGGGGGCAUGGAGCUCAGGUCGCCCCUCCCCUCAGUACCUCAGUCACCCCCACCCCACUAAAGCCGGGCCCAGCCUGAGCUGGUUCCGCCCCGUCCCCCCGUCCUCCUCGUCCUCUUCCUCGGACCCCAGGCUGCACCCCCUGGCCCUCCUGGACCCGCUGGGCCCUCCCCCGCCGCUCCAGGAUAAGCCCAAAGAGUCGGGGGAGGACCCUUGGCUGGAGCCCCCCUCUGUCAAGUCGGUGGACUCGGCCGACUCAGGUCUGUACGACGGCGCCGAGAGCAAGAGGCGGCGGGUAUCGCCAUACGCCUCCAGUACCGAGAACUCGCCCCCCAACCGUGGCACAGAGGCCUGCGAGAAGGACAGCAGCAGCGAUGCCGGCUACUACGGCUUCUACACCAACUGAGUACCCGCCAACCCCCCCUCCCCUCUACCUCCCACCGCCUCCCCACCUACCCCCCUCCCCACCCCCGUCUACGUGCGCCCGUUUCUCCCACCCAGCUGUCUGUUCUCCACAGUCGCGCAAACAUGCCGGGAGGGAACUCUGCCUCGGUGAAGCCGAGAGGAUGCCACAGAGACCCCCUCCGCUUUCACGUUCAGAAUUUGCUUGUGUAAUUUCCGCAGGGAGGCCGUCUGGAUGCCACUUGAGUUUCUCCGCAUUUCCCCUCUGCAAAUUAAGACUGAAAUUCCCCCAUUCCUCCAGUGAGGCGCAAACUGAAUCCUCUUCUGUUCGGUGGACAGGGGGGUUUGGGUGGAUCUGGAGAGGCAUUCUGGGAUUGAUUCCUCAUUGAGUGACAGUGAGGAGAGUUGGUCGGCCAGCACUCAGACACAGGCCAGAGAGAUUAACAUUUGUGACCUGAACCCCACAACCCCGCCAGUGUCCUUGAAACUGGCCCAUGUCAGUACCCUGCUUUGGCCCCGCUGAACCGAUCCACGGAUCUGGGUCCCAGCCCAUGUCGUGUAAGUCCCUGCACCCACUGACCCCAUUCUGUCAGCGCCAAACUGCCCAAACCCCUGUGUGUGCUGUGACCCUACCUCGGUGAACAAUGAUGACAUCACUGACGGCCCACAUUCAGGCAUCUGACGCCAGACCAGCAGCCCACCUAGUAGGCAGCAGUCGAGGAAGGAGAGCUGUGGGAGGGGGAGGUGUGAGGCCUUUUCUAGUGUGACGAACAAUCAGAAAACACAUGUUCCAGAGUGUCGGUGUUCAUUUUCCAGCUUUCCAGCUGUUUUACAGCUUCAGACAAAACAAGGCAGCAAGCGGCUGCCUCAUAGUACAUGCCGGCAGGCCAGUGAAAAGCAUGGCUGUUUGAGUCAAAGGUGGCUCAAUCAGAAAGGCUCAACCAGAUCUCAGCAGAAUGAAAGUAUCGUACAUAGUAUCUUAAGUACUAUUUGGUUUUCACCAGCGACGUGAGAUAAGCAUGCAUCUACUGAACAGCUCAGGGGAAGGAAUAAGUCAGCUCCCAUAGAGUAUGAGGUAACAUACUCUGACUUCACAAUACAGAAGUUCAUUGUGCCAUUGUGCCAUUGUGCCAGAAGUUCCAUUGCUGUAUAUGUCAGUAUUAAAAAAACCAAAAACCUCACAGUUAUCAAUCAAAGUUUGCCCAUUCGAACCCCAGCCAAGGGUCCUGAAUAACUGUAUCAGCCCGAUGGCAGCUGCUAACGGCUGAGGGAGUGGGAGUUAGUGUCAGGCGCUUCAAUGCAAAGCUGUGCUGUCAUCACGUCCGGGAUCCUGAAGGGGCCUUAGCCUCCGGAACACCUGCGAUUAUCGGGCUGUGAAACGGAACAGCGGGCGCAUUUCUCACCGGCCUCUGCUGAACUCUGGCCUUUAUGAUACGCGCGUGCACAGGCAUUUCUGCUCUCGCCAUUUGGGCCCUGUCCUUAAACAGUCCAACAAAAGGCCCCUUCCGGCUCUAGCAGGUGAUUAAGGAGAGCUUAUUUCCAAGGGCAGUAAUCAAGAAGCACGUGAUUUGGCCUCUGUGGAGAGGGGGAGGUGUUCAGCAUUGCAAAGGAGGUGUUGAUUAGGAAGAAUCCAUCUGUGGAAUAUGCGCAGCGCACCAUAUCCUCGCAAGGGGGGUGGGGGUUUGGGGGUUGGAGGACAAGCACGUAAGUAAUACACUGCCACAGUUUGGCCACUCUGUGGUGCACAAUUCAGUGACACUCUUCAGAUGCCACGGAGACAGCGAGUUGAAGAAAGAACUCUGCGCCAGGAGCUGCAGUGCAUGCUGGGUCUUUUUCUUAUUAGAACUGAGUGCUCAUACCAAUCGCUUAUUUUAUCUAUCCUUGCUUCCUUUCCUUGCAUCCUUUCCUAGUGUGAAAGGCCAAGCGGAUCAAAAAUAUGCGAAAUUGACAUCUGGAACCAUGCGUUGUUGGCGUGUUUUUUGCGCGUUCUCAGUUGUUGACAACACAUGAUUCCUGAUGUCAAUUUGAGAUAUUUUUGAACCAUUUGGCCUUCCAUACUAGGAAAGGAUGCAAGGAAAGGAAGCAAGAAUGGAUUAAAUUAGCUAUUGGAAUGAAGCCUGAAUCCUAUCGAUUUUUCUUUUCUAGAGAAAAAGACCAGUACAGGUGCAGGUUUAAGCAUGCCAUAUUGCUGGCCAAAAAGCAUAUUGAAAAUAUUAUGCUGUAAAUAGUCUAAAAGAUCAUUAUCAUGUCAAAGGAUCUUUUAUCACACACGUCAUAACAUUAGGACUGAAUGACAAUCAGCAUAAAAUGCAGCCUGCAAUAACCCAGUUUGAAAGUAUUGUAAAGUUAAAAUUAAGUUCCUGUCUGGUUUUUGCUCCAUGCUAUCAGCACCACAAUGACCAGGUGCUUAGCAGGAAGUGAACCCAUUAACUCUGUGUGAAGGAAAUACUUUAUCUAGCUUAGUAUUAGUUUCCACUGCCAGGGGGGAAGUAACUGAGACAGCUAGACAGCGGGUGUGGAGAAUCAUACGGCCAUGGCACUUUGAACCACAGGAAAGAUUUGUAGAGAUAGUGCAAAUGGAAGCAUCAGUACAGGUGUGACGAGGCAGGUAACAAUGAAGCAGAACAAUGACCAGAAGAAGUACUUGAAGGGUUGCCUCACUUAAAUUAGCAGGCAUUAUGCAGAGACAAUCAGCCAAUCACAAGAUGGCAUGGGCCUUCAAUGUGCGCCUGAGCUUCAGCAGUGGUGUCCACUAGUGAUGGAAGGGCAUGUGAUGUUUUCAGGACUUUAUUCCAGCUUUCCACAGAUCCAAAUUAUUCUAUUUAUAGCCACUGAUAAAAUUUUAUAUGAAACAGAAUCACUAACUGUUGCAGGAGUGAAUUGGUUGCUGGUUGAAAAGUCGAGACAGACAGGUCCUCCACCAUCACAAAAUUAUGGCAGGAUCCAGUUCCUCCCUCAAGUUAGCCCGUUCAGCAUUACUGCCAUUUCCAUCUGGGGCUGCCAUUUCCAUCUAAACCUUGUCAGUAUUUUAUUUUAUUUAUUUUUUUUCAAGGAAAUGUGACGUACUGUUUUAAAAUAAACCAGGGAUGACCUAAGCUUAAUCGAUUGAUAUAGCCUGUGGUCUUCCUGUUAUUUGUUGUAUGCAAAUCAUAAAACUAGCUGUCACAAGUCUUCCCUUUUUCCGCUUCCAUCGUAUUGAAGCAAUAUGAAGACCAGUGAAGCAAUACUUUUCCCCGUACAUGAUUCUCUCAAUAGCCUCUGUGACAUCAUCAACUUGUCUUCUCCACGGCCAAAGGGAAGUGUUUUGCUCACACUCUGAAGUAUGUCUUCAAUGGGUUCCACUGGAGAAUAGAGGAAAAGAGAAGGUUAUAUGUUGUUUGCUCAAAGCCUUUUGAAAAAUGAGCACAGAAGCACAAAAAUGUUUUUAUCAGUUUAUUUUUGAUCACCACUUAUGGGGAUGCAUAGGUUACAAGCAUAUGCAAUGCACUCCAAAGAGAUGGUGGUAUUUCCAUUUUGUGCUGUAAUCUUGUUUGGCGUAAUCUUUUGCGUCUGAUGGUGCCAGCAGCACCUGCUUCUCUAGAGCACAUGUAAUAAAAAAAUGGGUUGAACUUUUUGAACUGCUUACCUUUUGUCUUCAUUCAAAAUGUAUCAUGCUUAUAUGCUUUUUAUUGAAAAACAUAAAAAGGCACAAAAUUACAAACAAGAUUAGGAAACAAUAGUUUAAGCAGUAACUGGUGACUGGUAACUGAAUGAAACUGCCGAACAAUCUAGAUAUUUUAAGUGCAAUUAAAGCUGCAGUUGGUUUAUUUGAAAUUGGUUUUUUUUUUUUUUUUGUGGUUUAAUUAGUAAAUGGGAAACAAAAAUAAUAUUCUGAAAACUUCUAUUCAUCUUUUUAUAUACUUUGAUGGCAAUAGUUACAUUUUUUUAAUUUGUUUUGUACAGAUGUAUUGGAUAUGCGCUGACCACAUAUUGACAGAAAUGGUCUUUUUAGGAAAUGAUCAAACCUCUGGCCACAGGGGGUGUGCUGCCCUCUGGUGGACGUUAUUCUGUAUGCUUUUAAAGCUGGACAAAAUAUAAGACUUACUGUACAAAUAGCAUUUGUUGUAAGAGUGGUCUGAAAAUUAAAAUAAAAUACAUAAAUAAUAAAAUUAAAUGACAAAUUUCCCAUGUGUAUUACCUCCCUGCUAAAUCCUAUUCCUGUAAAUUCUCAAAUACUCUGAAUGUUUUCUUUGUGAAACUGAAUCAAAUUCCAUUUGGACAUCUGGAGUAUAUGGUCCAGUGAGGAGAUGCGUGAUAUUUGCAGAUGUAAAGGGAAUUUUCAUGCAGUGAAUGCUGGUAACAUGACUGGAUACAAACAAGACCUUGUUAUAACUACAUAUUCUCGCAAAGGUGAAAUUGACUGUGAGGCAUGUUCAGUUGUGUCCAAUGUAUAUUGUUCAUACCCGGACCUGUUGUAGCUCUAUCCAUUCUGUAGAUUCAGUCUGUGAAAUUAUCCACACACAAAAAAAUAAAUAAAUAAAUAAAAAAGCUCAGAGGCCAACAUGUGGAAAGGAAUGUCUUCAGUUGAUGGUGAGACUGUUGAGUAACUAAAAAAUAGCCUAAAAUGUAUAUAUAUUCAUACAUUUAUGUAUUGUAUUUGAACUAUUCUAUGUGUAAUAAUAAAAAAAAUCAACUAUGUAGGAAAUACUCCAAAUGAGAGAAAAAUUAUUUAUUAAAAGCUGGCUUAAAUAUGUGUAUUGUACCGAUUGCUGUUUUUUAUUCAUGAAUAAAAGUUUAAUUGUC